GAAGUACUUCCGGGUCACGGUCCUUCUCGCCGUCCUUCUCCGUGUGCACCGGGAGCAGCAUCGAGCCCGCAGGACACCGACAUGCUGUCAGUACGCGUCGCAGCGGCUCUCGCCCGCAGUCUGCCCCGACGGGCCGGCUUUGUAUCCAAGAAUGUCGCUGCAGCAUGUGUAGGAGUCAAGAACCUACACACCACCCGGCCUUGGCAGGUGAAAAUAGGCACUGCCGAGGUAUCGUCCAUCCUGGAGGAGAAGAUCCUCGGAGCGGACCACAGCGCCGACCUGCAGGAGACGGGUCGCGUGCUGUCUAUCGGUGACGGCAUUGCCAGAGUGUACGGCCUGAGGAACGUGCAGGCGGAGGAGAUGGUGGAGUUCUCCUCCGGGCUGAAGGGCAUGUCUCUGAACUUGGAGUCCGACAACGUCGGCGUGGUGGUGUUCGGUAACGACAAGCUGAUCAAGGAGGGCGACGUCGUCAAGAGGACCGGGGCCAUUGUGGACGUGCCCGUUGGGGAGGAGCUCCUGGGCCGCGUCGUGGACGCGCUGGGAAACGCCAUUGACGGAAAGGGCCCCCUGGGCUCCAGCAUCCGCAGGCGCGUGGGCCUGAAGGCCCCGGGGAUCAUCCCCCGUAUCUCUGUGAGGGAGCCCAUGCAGACCGGCAUCAAAGCGGUGGACAGUCUGGUGCCCAUCGGCCGUGGUCAGCGCGAGCUCAUCAUUGGAGACCGGCAGACCGGCAAAACCGCCAUCGCCAUCGACACGAUCAUCAACCAGAAGCGCUUCAACGAAGGCACCGACGACAAGAAGAAGCUGUACUGCAUCUACGUGGCCAUCGGCCAGAAGCGCUCCACGGUGGCUCAGCUGGUGAAGCGGCUGACCGACGCGGACGCCAUGAAGUACACCAUCGUGGUGUCGGCCACCGCCUCGGACGCCGCUCCGCUGCAGUACCUGGCGCCCUACUCCGGCUGCUCCAUGGGCGAGUACUUCAGGGACAACGGCAAGCACGCCCUGAUCAUCUACGACGAUCUGUCCAAGCAGGCCGUCGCCUACCGCCAGAUGUCGCUGCUGCUCCGCCGGCCCCCCGGCCGCGAGGCCUACCCGGGGGACGUCUUCUACCUGCACUCCCGCCUGCUGGAGAGAGCGGCCAAGAUGAACGACAACUUCGGCGGCGGCUCCCUCACGGCGCUUCCCGUCAUCGAGACGCAGGCCGGCGACGUGUCGGCCUACAUUCCGACCAACGUCAUCUCCAUCACUGACGGACAGAUCUUCUUGGAGACCGAGCUGUUCUACAAAGGUAUUCGCCCCGCCAUCAACGUCGGCCUGUCGGUGUCGCGCGUCGGAUCGGCCGCUCAGACCAAGGCCAUGAAGCAGGUGGCUGGUACCAUGAAGCUGGAGCUGGCCCAGUACCGCGAGGUGGCCGCCUUCGCUCAGUUUGGUUCGGAUCUGGACGCUGCCACUCAGCAGCUGCUGAAUCGUGGCGUUCGCCUAACUGAGCUCCUUAAACAGGGACAGUACUGUCCAAUGGCCAUUGAGGAGCAGGUGACGGUCAUUUACGCGGGUGUGAGGGGACACCUGGACAAAAUGGAGCCGAGCAAAAUCACCCGGUUCGAGAAGGCCUUCCUGCAGCACGUGCUGAGUCAGCACAAAGACCUGCUGGCAGCUAUCAAGGCUGAUGGACAAAUCUCUGUGGCAUCCGAUGCAAAACUCAAGCAAAUUGUGUUGGAUUUCCUCUCCAGCUUUGAGUAAAGUGGUUUUUUUCAUGUUCGCUCAAGUUCAUAGAGCGUAUAAAUGACUGUUGAACGGUGGCACUUGAUCGUUAAUGUACAAAUAUCCUGCAGAGAAUAAAGUAUUCAAGUAUUGGAGUUGA